GGCGGGGCCAAAGACGACGACGUUGCGCGCGAGAAAAUGGCCGUCCUCCUCUAGCCUUUUCGCGCAUGCGCCGUGGCUUCUUCUCGGAUACUCCUCAGCAGCUUCAAAAUGGCGGACAGACCAGUUCCCAUUAAAGAUAAGCCGCUCAUGGACGUGAAAUUAGGGCAGCUGCCAAACUGGUUAGCAGCUCGAGAUUACAGCCCGGCUGGCAUUGUUAGAGGCUGUCAAGGAGGUUAUAACAGAUUUAUAAAGAAGUACAUUGAUGUGAAGAAAGGAGGCAUUGGCGGCAUUGCUAUGAUGCUAACAGGCUAUGUGAUCAUCAGCUACAUCUGGAACUACGAUCAUCUUAAGCAUGAUCGCUGGAGGAAGUAUCACUGAGACUGAAUGAACCAGAAGAAUGCAAGUUGCCACUGACUGGCAGUGAGAGACCAUUUCAACUAGAGGCAGCUUGGCUCUUAUAUGUGGAUUUCUAGCCUUGCAUAUGUACCCUGAGACCAAUAAAAUAUUUACUGUCAAUGAAA